UUUAUCGAGAAUCAAUUCAGAUUCUUAACAUGCUUUCUCUAGACUAGUUCAACAAUAAAAUUUCGACAUUAAUACAUUAAAAUUAUAAAUGUCAGAAGAAAAAAACUUGAAGCAAUAGCCUGGAUGCCUGAUACGAUAGAUUGGUAAAAAAACCAAAAAACAAUCAUAACGAAAAUCAAACUAAACCGGUUCGACAUCGACUGGUCUCUUUCUCUGGUUCUCAUAUCAAUCGUUGAUGGAGAACAUGGUUGUCACGCCGACCGACAUGCCACCGGUUGUACCUGGUUUAAUAAAUACCUGUCAUAAAAUCGGUGUGACACCAUAGGUAUGACCGACAUGAUUGAUAUACGAAUUUCUAAGUAAAAUGACCUUAUUUGAGUGAAUGUAAUUGAUAAAAAUUAUUAUAUUAUCUAUUUUAUGGGUAUAAAAGUUAAAUAUUGAUGUUAUUUGUUGAAUUCAAGUAUAAAUGUUUAGGUAUUGACAACCUUAAUGGAGAAAUCCCAAAAAAUAUCAACAAACCCAAAAAAAAAAAAAAACUUAAAAAGGCAAGAAAUUGAAGGUGCAGUGAGUCUCAUAAUCACAGACACCUGGUUGUGAUGAUUUGUCCGUUUCACAGCUUUCAUUCGAGUACUCACCCGUGCUGCUACACAGUACUUAGCUCUCUUCUUCUAAUUUGCUUUCUCCCUCCAUCUCUCUAGUCAUUCUUCAUACCUUCUUGUCAAUUUCCGUUUGGCCUCAACAACUCCUAGCUCCUGCUUUCCCUCCAUGGUUCCUCCAGCUUGCUAACCUCUGCUGCUUCUUGAAGGUAACCACUUUUCUAUUUUGUUCCAGUUUUCAUAGAUGGGUUUUCGUUUUCCUUACUUUUCAAUUCCAAAUCCCUUCCAUGGCUUCGUUUUUAUUGUUUUUUGGGGGAGAAUUUCAUGGUGGGUUCUCUGAGUUUCACCUGCUCUUGCCUCCUCUGGUUCUCUUCUUCUCCUCUGUAGCUCUCUCCUCUCUGUUUGACCUUCUGUAGAGUUGAUAACAGUUGAAUUCUGUUUUUUUUUUUUUUUUUGGGUAAGAUCCAUUGUGCUGUUUUCAGUAGUUAAUUGGUGGUUGGUUUCCUUGUCAUUUUCCAACUGAUAGCAGAUCGGGGUAAGCUCAAGAGUGUCAAUCAUGGAGGCUAAGGACAACCAUAUGGAAAAAUCGCCUCUUCUUAACAAGGUUGCUAACGUGGAGCAGCAGUUCCUGGAGAUGAUCCAUUCCUCCAAGGGUUUAUGGCAUUCGGAGGUUCAACUCAUGUAUAAAAAAAUAUGUUCUUGUUAUGUGAAGCUUCUUGUUCUUGGUGAUCCCAAGCUGGAAGAGCUUCAAAAUGUUGAGUACUCGCUGUGGAAGCUUCACUACCGCCUUAUUGACGAGUUUCGCAAGAGAUUGAGACGAAUUCCUGCUAAUGGAGAACCUACUGCUGAAUCUGUUGAUGGGUUCAAGUCAUUUCUAUCAGAAGCUAGCUUAUAUUACCAGAAUUUGAUUCUUAAACUUAGAAAAAGCUAUGGCCUCCAGGAGGGCUUUACUUUGGGUAGUAAAAAUGGUGGAAUGCAGAACAAGAAGCUUCCGUUCUUGUGCCAUCGGUUUCUAGUUUGUCUAGGUGAUCUUGCAAGAUACAAAGAACAACAAUGCGACAAAUCGGGCCAACCGAACUGGUCCAUUCCAGCUAGCCAUUACUUGGAAGCCACAAAGGUUUGGCCUUUCAGUGGCAACCCUCAAAAUCAGUUGGCAGUGUUGGCUACAUAUGUUGGAGAUGAGUUCCUAGCUUUGUACCAUUGCAUAAGGAGCUUAGUUGUUGAAGAACCUUUCCCUGAUGCAUGGAAUAACCUUCUCUUGCUAUGUGAAGAAAACAAGUCAUCUCCAUUAGCUUCCAUUUCCAGUGAUGCAGAUUUUGAUUUCUUGAAACAAGCAUCUAGUGGUCAAAUGACAUCAGAUUGCAAAGUCAUCAAAGAACAACAAGAAGAAGAAUCCAGUAGUGGAGCGAAUUUGUGGGUUCUUAUUAUUAGAGUGAUAAGCUUCUUCUUCCUAGAUUCAAGUUUGGAGGAGUUUCCUAGUACUUUUGCAUCUGCCAUCAAGGAGCUGGAAACAUUACUCUCACUAGAUGAUACAAAGCUGAAAGCUGCCCUGGAAUCCUAUCACUAUAAGGACUCUAAGCAACCUUUCCGAACACUUCAAUUCGUGUGCAUAUUCAUCUUUGUGAUCGAGCAUCUCAGAAACAAAAAAGAAGAUGUCAAUGAGACAAUGCAAUGGGCAUUGACUUCUACAUUCAUGGUAAUGGGACGCCUCGUGGACAGAUGUUCGAAGGCCAAACCUUCAUCCUCAUGCCCCCUGUCACCAGCUGUACUCAUUUUUAUCGAGUGGUUAGAAACCAACUUUGGGGACGUGGAAAAAUAUGGCUCGGAUGAUAGAACCACAGUGGCCACGGCCAUAUCUUACUUCUUCAGCUCUUUAAACGAGCUACUGAAGAAGCUGAAUGCUGAAAAGGCUGAAGGUGAUGAAUGUGAAGUCAAUCUUCCUCUUUGGGAAGACCAUGAGUUGAGAGGGUUUGCACCUUUAGCUCCUUCUCAUGCUGCAUUGGAUUUUUCCUUAACUCAUCAUCAAGGCUCAGCAGAUAGUUUUGAGCGUGGGAAACAAAACCGUGUUCAUAGAAUAACCAAUGCUGCCAAGAAGAUUUCUGGCAGAUCGAGUGGCAACCAGAAAUGGUUCAUUCAUGACUUCUGUAGCCCGAGAAUUGAUGCAGCAGACGACGAGGAAUCAAUUUCUGGCAAAGGAAAUGACAAAGCUGUUACCGAUGAGAAAUCAGGUAACCAUCGGGCAAAUGGGAAAUCUGGUGCUGGUUUCUUAGACGAGGAAGAAGUCAUUCUUUUCAAGCCUCUUACUAGACAUAACUCUGAACCUAUAUACAAAAGCUGGAGCAACUGUUUCGAAGAUCCCAUGCCAUCUUCAAGGGAAGCUGGGAACCAGGCAGUAGCUGCUGAUGAGUGUUUGAGACGUGCAACGUCCUUACUGAUAGCACAAAACCCGGCACAAGGAGACAACAAUAACAAUGGUUCCCCUUUCCAUUCAGACCUCGCCAAUUUCAGGCGCAGCAACAAUUUGCAGCAGCCUAUGAAUGACACAGUUACUAGCAUGUUCUCGGAGCCUUCCAUCUCCCCUUCGUUCGGUUCCACCAUUGCAGCAGGCCCCCCUUCACUCAAUGCUUGGGUCUCGCCUUCCUCAUCCGGCCACGAGAAGACAAGAGGGAAAAGUGUGAAGCAAACAUUAGCACCCAUUGAAGAAGCAGCAGCAGUAGUAGCAUCUUCAUCAUUGAGUGAGCUCUCUAUCAGUGAACCAGAAGCAAAUACCAGCAUCAGCUCAGGCCAUUUGUCUUACUCACCUCCACUUCCUUCAGCACCAUUUCUGCCUGAUGAUGAUUGUUCCACCUGGCCUAGCAACUGUAACAUUCCACCGCCGCCACCCCCUCAUUUCUCGGAUCAUCAUCAACAAGCACCAGCCGGGUUCUCGAAUUGGAAUGGUCUUCCUCGUGAUUACACUUACUAUCCUCCUGGAUUCACAUACCCUCUACCACAACAACAGCGGAGAAUGACUUCAGCCGAGUGGCUGAGGCAAUACAGGGAGAACAAUCACAGGGCCAAUGGUCACUUGUGGAAGCCCCCUAGUUAUGGUAAUCAUGUUAGUUCUGAUCAGCAAUGGGGGAUUCCGCCGCCAUUGGUUUAUGACCACUCGCCAUCGAUGAUGCAGCCGGGGUUCUCUCCAGUUCAUGGUUACUUCCCAAGUAGACAGGGGUUGUACGGGGAGAGUCCUUCGUUGAAUGAGCCGGAGCCACUUUUGCAGUAUCUCAAGGAGAAAGAAUGGCUGAUCCACCAUAAAGAUUCAAACUUUAGAGGACCCACGUUUAUGGGAAGCUAGCUGAUGCUAAAAUACUUCAGUUCCUGGAUUUGAGUAAAAUUCAUGUCAAAUGAGAUCGUAGUUAGUACGUGACUGGUUUGUAUGUACGUACGUAUUCAUGUAUGUAUGUAUGUAUAUCUAUGUAUAUGAGUAUAUGUGUAUGUAUGUAUAUCUAUGUAUAUGAGUAUAUGUGUAUGUAUCUAAGUAUACUUAUUUUGUUUAGCUGUUUUUCUUGGGGAAGAGCUUCAGAUAAGACUAUCUCCAACCCAAGCAUGCAAAUUUGGAGAAAGGGAGGUUUUUGGCUUUUUUCAUCUCCAACCCACCAAUUAUUUGGCUUGCAAAUUUGGAGAAGUGGGCUUGGGGGUGGAUAGAUAGAAGCUCAUAUGGAGAUAUGCAAGGAGAAGGUGGGGGACCAACCAUGGAACACAAGCCCACACGCUGGGCCCCUCCACUUUCCAACAUCUUCUUUUUCUUUUUUAACUUUCUUAAUUUUUGAUUGGUUGGUUAUGAGUUGGGAAGGCAAAUUUAGAAGGUUUAGGGUUGGAGCAAAAAGGUGUUUUGGGGAGGCAAAUAUGCACAUUUGAGAGCUUGGGAGGCUAAAUAUAGCUUUUUGGGUUGGAGUUAGUCUAACAGAAGAGAGUGGAGAAGUAGAAUGUCUUCUUUUCUGGGAUUCGACUUUUGAGCCUAUUGGGUGUCGAACUGGUACUGUUGUAUCGAUUUAGUAAAUGAUAUGGUUCGACCGAUAGUAUAAUCGAUUUUGUGCUAGUUGCUGAUUUAAUAAAAUAUAUUAUCAUCAAAUGAAUUUAAAUGUAUGUAAAACAUAUUUGAAACUUAAAAGCAAUUUACUUACGAUCUAUAUUCAUAUUUAAAUAAAAUUUAACAUUCCAAACUAGACUAUAAAUAUUUAUAUUUAAAUACAACAUUUAACAUGAAUUCAACAAAUAACAUAAAUAUUUAUUUUUUGAAGUCAUGAAAUAAAUUAUAAAUUAAACUUUUAUUAAUUAAAUUCACUGAGAAGAUGCCAUUUUAUUGGUUGGUCGAAAAUUGAUAUAUCGAUUAUUUUACCAACGAUCUUAACAACGAUUUCAUUACCGACACCGGUUGAACCAGAUCCAACCCGUCUGCAUUUACGGCCUUUGACAAGUGACAACCAUGGUGUUCGACUACGUGGAUUUGACAAAUGGGCCCGGCCCAAAGCCACCCAUUUCCCGAUAUUUCUAUUCCUCCUAGUCCUAGGCAGCCAUCCCCAUUCACCGACUGCAGGUCUCUCUCGGCUUCCACGAUCUCUUCUUCUUCUUCUUCUUCUUCUUCUUCCCAAUUUCCGGUCAUCGGCGGCGGUCACUCUCGCUCCUGCUGUCCUGCUUCUAAGGUGAGUAUCGCUUUCUCUUAUCACUUCUAGUUAGCAGCAUAGCAAGCUUGUUCAGCCUAAGUCUCGAGUUAGCGCAAGUAUUUACUGUCUGCUUUCUCUGCAUGGUCGGAAACUGGUGGUCGCCGUUAACCGCCAUGGGCUCCCUUCCCUUUCCCCAUGUAGCAGCCAUCUUUAGUUUCACGAUUCGGACCCACUUAACUACUCGCAGUCUACUAUUUCUCUCGCAUUCUCUGCAAAUGUUGUAUUUAAAAUUUUAAAUUAAUGAUAAUGGGGCGGGGCAGGGCGGGUCAAUACCCAUGGCUCUCCCGGGGCUACUGCGAGUCGGGCUGGGGUAAAAUUCAGUUGGGUACGAGACCUGUCAAUCUAUUCUUACAUGUUAUUUGAAAAAGUCCACGCAAAUUUUACUUUUUACGACAAAACGAAGUAAAAACACUUUAUGAAUGAAAAAUAGUGAUAACAGAAUAGGUAAUUGAGUCUAACAAGUUGAAAGAUCGAUUCUAACUAGUUGAAUAAAAGUCAAUAUAGGAGAAAUAUGUAUAAAUAUUGUAAGAAAUUGAAAUAGAAUGA